AUGCAUCAUUGUACGGUACGCUUCGACCCCUUCCUCCCCACCGUGUACGAUGGAGAGAAAGGAGUAGAGGCGUACAAUGAUGUACUGUACUUUUUGCAACCUCCUUCCUCUCUUAAACCGUACACGCACUUAAUGGUGGUACCCAACCUCACAGACGUUUCUAAUUUCAUUGAGGAUCAAGUAUGGAUGCAAUUGGAUCUGUUACGCUGCCUUCUUUUGUUUCUCUUCAAUUUAUUUAUCAUUGUCGUCCUACUGAUUGCGACCUGUUGGCCGUCUCUUCGUUUCUGGAUAAAGAAUUUCGUCAAGAAAGAAGAGAAUCUCGAUAAAAUUUCUGUUGCAUUCUUCCAUCCGUACUGCAAUGCCGGCGGAGGAGGAGAACGGGUUCUGUGGAUUGCUAUAAAGGCAUUACAGGAAAAAUAUCCGCAAGUAAAUUGUCAUGUUUACACCGGAGAUAGCGAAGUAUCGGCAGAAGAGAUUUUGCGGAAUGUAGUAAAACGCUUCAACAUUAUCCUUCCAAGAGAAGUUAAUUUUAUUUUCUUGAAAAGAAGAAAAUGGGUGGAAGCAUAUAUGUAUCCUUACUUCACAUUAUUGGGACAAAGUUUAGGUUCUUUAUAUUUAGGCUGGGAAGCUCUUUUCUCUUUUGUGCCUGACAUUUACAUUGACAGCAUGGGCUAUGCAUUUACUUACCCACUUUUUAAGAUUCUUGGAAAUUGCCACGUUUUAUGUUAUGUCCAUUAUCCCACUAUAAGUACCGACAUGUUGGAUAGAGUCGUGCAAAGAACCCAAACGUACAAUAAUCGUGGGAUCAUUGCAAAGUAUCCUAUUUUAUCGACAUUCAAGUUGUGGUAUUAUCGGAUAUUUUCUGCGUUAUAUGGUUUAACCGGAAGAUUUUCAGACGUUGUGAUGGUUAAUUCUACAUGGACAAAAAACCAUAUAGAUAAAAUAUGGAAAAUACCAGAAAGAACCAACUUAGUCUAUCCUCCUUGUGAUAUUGAAGAAUUUGAAAGCAUUCCACUUGACAAGAAAGCACAGUUCAAUUCCUUUAACAUUCUGUCCAUAGCACAGUUCAGACCAGAGAAAGAUCAUCCUCUACAAAUCAGAAGUCUGGAGAAACUGUUACAGAAAUUUAAAGAGGAGGAAAAGAAGAAAAUUAAAUUAAUCUUAAUGGGAAGCUGUCGUAACAAAGAAGAUUUACAACGUGUCGAGGAGUUGCAAUUGCUGAGUCGGAAACUGAAUGUAGAAGACAACGUUGAAUUUAAGAUAAAUGUUUCCUUUAAAGAAUUAAAAAUGGAAAUGGAAAAGGCUAUAAUUGGUAUUCAUACAAUGUGGAAUGAACAUUUUGGAAUAGGAAUAGUGGAGAGUAUGGCUGCAGGAUUAAUCAUGGUGGCACAUUGUUCUGGAGGUCCAAAAAUGGACAUCGUUAAGGAUUUCGAAGAAGGACGCGUCGGAUUUUUGGCAGAUGACGAAGAAAGCUACGCCGAAUGCAUCGUAAACAUUCUAAAAAUGUCCAUCUCGGAAAGAACAAGUAUUAGUCAAAAUGCUCGUAACUGGGUUAAGAAAUUCUCCAAUACAGAAUUCGAAAAAUUAUUUUUAUAUUCUGUACAAAAUAUAUUUAUAAAAUAAAUUUGUGUACAUUAUUUCCAAUAAAGUUUAUUUCAUUUUUCAUAUAAUUUAA